GACGCAUGCUGAAGAUAAUUUUGUCUGAGAUGCAUCACAGCCGCGUUCUGACGAAAUGGGGAUGGACACAGUGGAUGUUUUUCUACUUUAUGGUCGCAGGUACUCGCUCUCUGGUCACAGUCUACCAGCCUCCUGUGCUCACCACUGCUCUGGGUCAUGACAUCAUGAUGCCGUGCCUUCUCAGUCUCUCCCACGAUGAGAGGAUGGUGACCCUGCCGGUUCUGUAUUGGAUGUACUUAACAAAGAACAACACUGACAAUCUCAGACUGUGGCCCCCCUCUGAGAAAUAUGAGGGGCGUGUUGAACGUAUGGACAAAUGUCGGAACACUUCAAACAAGUCCAUAGUCCUGAAGAAUGUCCAGUGGGCCGACAGUGGGAAGUACCUGUGCAAACUCUCCAUCACCACAGAGAGGGAUAAAAGUUUCAGGAGGAAAGGAAAUGAAACUUCACUGAAGGUUUAUGACACCAUGAUCUUUACCGCUCACAAUGACUCUCUGCUCUGGUGUGAAGUAAACGUGACCCCGGAUCCCGGAUUUGUUUUGUCCAUUUUUCACAAUGGAUGCAAACUCCAACCUGCUGACUGUGCUCCAGGAGCUGUGGGCGCAGCUCUGCCCUACGUCACCCUCUCCAAGACCGUCCCUCUGAGGAGUAAAGGACGAUACGAGUGUCAGCUGCACCAGAACGGAGAUCUGAUAACGAAAAGCAUCUUCUACUACCAUUCGCCUGUGGCUGAAGUUGAUGGAGAUGCUGAAAGAAAUGGUUCCCUAACAUGUCUGACAACUGCCUCGGAGCCAGCUGUGGUGGUGUUUCCAGAGCCGUGGCUCCUGUAUAUGGCUUUCCUCCUGGUGCCCAUCGUCAUCCUGCUAAGCCUCGUAACUGCCCUGCUGAUGUACACAUGCUGAGAGUUUGUCAACAUCUGGCUGAAACGGAAAGGUUUAGCAAUGGGGAUCAAGGCUCCCGGGCCAAGGCAUCUUCAUAACCAGGGACAGUCAGCUUCUGUCCAUUGACAGGGGAGCACUUUGAAUGAAAAUAUUGUACAUAUUGUGCAUGAUAAAAUAAGCAUACUACAGGCAAAACUGUUCCUGCUCUGUCAAAUAUUUACAUGGCGACAUCUUAAUUCAGGGGCAGAACCCGCCAAACCCCAAAUGCAUCAUAAUGGUUCAACUUGUCCCAUUUAAAAAAUACAACCAGCCCACAGAAUCCCCAAAACCACAAUGAACCAGCCAGCCACUUGAUGGUGCUUCACAGAACAUCUGCUGUGGAGCGCACAUUUAAACACAAGAUCCAACAAAGCCUUUCCAACUAUUUAUUGACAGCAGCGAAGGAUGGAGGAGAAUCAUUUUUCCACCAUUAAAGCAUUCACAAUCUUGGCAUUUCAGAAAUCUUCAGGCUGAAAACUAUAUAAAAAAUUAUAUAAAAAAAAGAGAUGCACCUGCCUGAAGAGUGGAGUUUUAUAACUUCUAAUCAGGAGUGGCAGUGUAUACAUUGAAUUAAGUGGUUUAAAGUAAAACUCUGCAUGGCGGCUUGCGAUUUAAAUCAGGUGUUUUGUGAGCUCACGCUGCCCCUGUCACUGUAGUUUCUCCAGUCGUCUUGAACCUGUAAAGUUGGAAAAUAUCAUGUGGACUAUAAAUGUUUAUCAGCCACCUAUACCACAUGAUGUGGACUGCAAGGUCUAAAUAAUGUCAGCUAAGUCAACAAAACUGUUUCAGCCCCUGAACCUUGUGACGCAGCGAGUGAUGAUAAUAACAAAUAAAUCAUUUAAUCAUGGUAGUUCAAUUUUUGAGGGAAAAAAAUGCAUCAAAGGAAGCAAAACAAGAUUGAAAAAACCUCACAAAUGAUUUUAAAGUGGAGGGUUCCUGUGAUUAAAGCAAAACACUGUAUGUCUUUAUGCAUUUAAUAAGGAAGAAGUAACAAAUAAUGUCUUAUUCCUGGUGUGACAUCUGUGGCCUCCUAUAAUUAUUACUGUUUCACAAUGUAAACUGUAUAUGACUGUGAAUAAUAUUACAUAGAGAGGUGAUAGAUUAUCAAAAAGCAUAUUCAAUUGUAGACUAUGUUUACUGAUCUUAAAUAGUCUCAUGUUGAUACUAGUCAUUUGGGUUUUUUAGGGAGUUUUGAUUUCCCAGGAACAGUUCACUCUUUCAUCAGAAAGCAAAGUAAACUCCCUGCCCACACGUUCCUCUUUCAUCAGAAAUGUAAAUGUUCCCUUUUUUCUAGGUUUUGAGCAACAGUUUCAGUAAUGCAGUAAAAUAGCACUAGCUUAACUUUAAGCAUAAAUUUAAACAACAAGCAAUCAAGGGAAAAAUCUGUGCCUAAAAUUAAGAGACAAGACUCAAAUCACCUUUUAGUUAAAAUUGACAUUACAUUAAACUCAUUUAGAAGACGCUUUUAUCCAAAGCGACUUACAAUUUCAGAUUCUAUCACAUUCAUACACCAUAUAUGGGAGCUCAAGGACACAUAGACAUGCGACUAGCGGAGCUGGAGCCGGGGAUUGAACCACCGAUCCUCUGAUUGAAGGAUGGCCCUGCUCUCCACUUAACCACGGUCACACCAAAUGCAUCGCCUAUCAAUGCAUUAAAGCUGCAUUUUUGUACAAGAAUCACUGAAGCACGAGUGGAUAUUUAUAGUAUGUCUUGUCGCUGUGAUUAAAAUUAAUCCACAAAUUUUCAAAUAAGGAAAACAGACGUUAGUGGAAUUAGGUACAGGAAGGUCACACACACACACACACACACAGGAAGGAUGCAUUUGUCAGAGCGAGGACAGGCAAGCAAUCAGCACAGUAAUCCUCACUGCUGGCAUGAUGAAAUGGCCAAAACGAGAGAUCAGCGCACACAAACACACACACACUGGACUGAUUCCCCUCCGAGUCAGAGAGUGAGUCAGUGCACCUGUGGUUAUGUUACAUGUGGUUGUGUGGCUGUGUGGCUGUGUGUGCAUGCCCGUCGUAUAUGUGUUGAUUAAUGACUAAGUCAGAGAGCAAUGGUGGCUGGAAGAGUGGGUUGAAAACCUGGCAGUUAAAAUGUCUAACAGGCAGGCUGUGAACGGGACAGGCGAGUAAAUAUGAAACUUUCCAUGAGGCAUUUAAUGACAAACAUAGUUUUAAGGCG